UUAGAUCAGUGUUUCAAAACUACCCCUAUCGUCAGAGCUCUUGGCUCCACCUUAAUUCCUCUCAUUCUUGCUGUUUCACUGUUUCAAUUGGAACUGUUCCUUCAAAUGGACACAGUCUUAUUCAGAGACAGACCAGCAAGAUACUUGCAGAACCUCAGCUGCAUAAAGGACAGCUUUGAGUCGACAGUGAAUUUAAAGCUGGUGAAUGUCGGCUCCAUGGCACAACCCCAGGCCAAACCACAGCAGAGAGAACAGUGGGCCACAAAGAUGGAGUUUUUUCUGGCUGUUGCAGGGCAUAUCAUUGGUCUGGGAAAUGUGUGGAGGUUUCCUUAUCUGUGCUACAAAAAUGGAGGGGGAGCUUUCUUUGUGCCAUACAUACUGUUCCUAUUUUCUUGUGGCAUACCUCUCUUCUUCCUGGAGACAUCAUUAGGCCAGUACACUAGUCAGGGGGGCAUCACAUGCUGGAGGAAAAUUUGCCCUUUAUUUGAAGGACUGGGCUAUGGUAGCCAGAUUGUGAUCCUGUAUACAGGAGUUUAUUACAUCAUUAUUCUGGCAUGGGCAUUUCUCUACCUGUUCUUCUCAUUCAGCUCAGAGCUCCCAUGGGCUAACUGCAAGAAUAGCUGGAACACAGAGUACUGUAUGGAAUUUAACAAGAACAACAUGACUGAUAAUAUUCCAGACAAAAUUACGUCCCCAGUUGUGGAAUUCUGGGAGAAGAGGAUUCUGGGUUUGUCUGUUGGUAUAGAAGAAAUUGGUAAUGUGAGGUGGGAACUGGCUCUGUGUCUCCUGCUGGCCUGGAUCAUCUGCUACUUCUGUGUGUUUAAUGGUGUGAAGUCUACAGGCAAGGUGGUCUAUUUCACUGCUACCUUUCCUUACUUGAUGUUGAUGGUGCUGCUAGUGCGUGGCCUAACCCUACCUGGUGCAAUUAGCGGAAUAACAUUUUAUCUCUACCCAGAUCCUACUCGUCUCACAGACCCUCAGGUGUGGAUGGAUGCAGGUAGCCAGAUAUUUUACUCUUAUGGAGUAUGCACAGGGACUCUGACUGCUUUAGGAAGCUAUAAUAAAUAUGAUAAUAACUGUUAUAGAGACUGUCUAUACUUGUGCUUGCUAAAUAGUAUGACUAGCUUUGUGGCUGGAUUUGCCAUUUUUUCUGUCCUGGGUUUUAUGGCAGAUGAACAGGGAAUGGACAUUUCAAUGGUGGCAGAAUCAGGUCCUGGGCUGGCAUUUAUUGCUUACCCACGUGCAGUGGCCUUAAUGCCUCUCCCUCAGUUAUGGGCAGUUUUCUUCUUCAUUAUGAUCAUUUUCCUUGGACUUGAUAGUGAAUUUGUAUAUCAUGAAGCGUUGGUGACAGCAAUCUCAGACAUGUACCCGUCAUUCUUCCAAAAUGGACACCGGCGUAAAAUCCUACUUCUCCUAAUCUGUGUAGUCAGCUUUCUUGUUGGCCUACUGAUGGUAACAGAGGGUGGGCUGUAUGUCUUCCUGUUAUUUGAUUAUUACGCUUGCAGUGGAAUGACUUUGCUGGCCUUCGCCAUUCUUCAGUCCAUCUGUGUUGGAUGGGUUUAUGGUGCAGAUCGUCUGUAUGACAAUAUUGAAGACAUGAUCGGUUAUCGUCCCUGGCCCCAUAUGAAAUUCUGCUGGAAAUAUAUGACUCCUAUUAUUUGCAUAGGGACAUUUGUCUUCUCCUUGGUUAAAUACACUCCUCUAAAGUUGAAUAACUUAUAUGAAUACCCCUGGUGGGGUUAUGCUCUCGGAGGCUUCUUUACACUCUCCUCCACCAUGUUGGUUCCUUUAUGGAUGGUGUAUGCAUUUUACAAGACCCCUGGCUCCAUAAGUCAGAGAAUGAAAACCCUGUGUACUCCUGCUGAAGAUCUGCCUAAUCCUAAAUCACCCAAAGGUGUCCUGGCUUCUUGCACUUUUGAGACCUUCACAGAUCUGCAGACUUUGCGUCAACACUCUCCAGAAGAUGUACUUACAGCACAAAGCAAAAAGGAGUGAGUGGAUGGAUGUUUCAACCAAAGUACAGUAAGUACAGUUGGAGUGUUUGCUGAGUUGUAUGAUCUAUUCUAUUUGAAUUAGGUCAUUAUUUGAACUAUGGCAUAUCAGCUUGCUACAUACUUAGCCAAUUAUUUAGCAGAACUAAGUAUUAUACCUAGUUCAGUGCAAUAACUUCUCUUGUCAGGGAAAUAGUUCCAUCUAAUGGAUUAAUUAUAUUAUUGUCAGUUACACAAAGGUUACUUGCCUUUAAGAUCUGCAAGAUCUGUAGUUUGAACAUUAUAUGUUUAAUAUGUUCAAAUAAAAUAAAAUGUUGAAUGUUGUGUGGCAAUUAUACCUUUUCCAAAAUCAAAUCCACAAUUGUCAUGCUGCAUUUCAUUAAACAGUUCUCUGUUGUUGCAUUAUUUGGGUGAAUGAAACACCUUUUAUAAUAUUGUUUUUUUUUUUUUUAAUUACUUACUUAAAAAUAAUCUAAUUAAUAAAUGAGCCCUUAGAACCUCCAUAUAUUUAACGGGUCUUCUAAUGUGUUUUACUCUGUAUUUAUAUUUUAUACCUUUUUGGGGAAACAAUCUUAAAAGGAUGUCAUUACAAAGAACUCAAUUACUUAUGUCAACAGAAAUAAAUUGGCUCUGGUACCAUCUAAACUGUGAACCCCUUGACAGGUUGAUGCCCUGGAGGAAUUUUUCUCCUCCUGAAAAAUUUUCAUUCUUUAAGAUGCCCUUGGGCCCCCUUUCUGCUCAGCGCCUUGAAAGCAUGACACACCUAACCAAUCAUGACUGGCUCACGUAUAAAUUAGCAUAAUGUAAAAGUCUGAUGUUGCAAAAAAUGAAAUAAAAUAAAAUAAAAUAAAAUAAAAUAAAAUAAAAUAAAAUAAAAUAAAAUAAAAUAAAAUAAAAUAAAAUAAAAUAAAAUAAAAUAAUAAUUUGUUCAAAAGUAAAUAAUUAGAAAUUUUAGUACCAUUACCAGCUCGUCAAAUAUAUCCUUGUUAAAUAACACAGUACUGUUAAUAAUAGUACUGUUUUUUAAAAAGCUUUAAUCACAAAAUGAGUCAUAUGUCAUAAUAAUUUAGUUUAAAUUAAACCUACACUACUGAUCAGCACCAACAGGGGAUAGUAUUUUACUUUUUGGCAGAAUUAUAAUCCUUAACCUGUGUGAAAAAAUUAAUUGCUGAAUAUUUGUGUACUUAUUUGAGUACUGGACUGCAAUGACAAAGAAUGUCAAAGAAGCUGUUCUGAUACAAAUGGAGUGCAGAGAUAUAGUACAAAUUCCUGGACAGUGGACAGUGACACAGGUUAAAUUGUAAUCUCUUCUCUUACUCCCCCUGCAUCCCCCUGACAAAAAAAUGCUGAUUCUUAAAGAGAAUACAUUUGGCUCUUGAUUAUUAACAUCCAUCUUCUGAACCAAUAAGCAUUAAGUUUCCAUUACUAUCAAUCAAUGCUUCAAAAUUACCAUAUCCUAAAUGAUCAAAUAUUGCAUUAGUCAUAUUUCAGUGUGGCCUACAAAUAUGGCUGCUACUGUAAGAACUACAUCUCCCACACGCCUGGACUUAUCUACAGCUGCCACUACACUCAGUAUAAAUAGUUCUCACAUGCAUUGCAGAGUAUAUGCUCUGUGGCAUUGUGCCAGUCCAAACUAAGCCUUGAUUUAGCUUGCUUACCUGGUUUGAUCUAGUUAUUUGUAUUCAGAUGGUCACUUUUUCCUGCCAUUGUUUAUGUUGUUUGCACAUUGCUUUACUUUUGCAUGUUUUUGACCAUGGUUUUGCAUUAUGUCUUUGUCCUAUUUACCAAAAUUAAUAAAACCCAU